AUGGGGCAUUCUGACCCGUUGGCUUCGUUGAGUAAGAAAACUUCUUAUCCAGUUUGUUAUUAAUGAUGGAACGUCCAUAUCAGAUAAUUUACUGAGGAGGAUGUUAUGAUCGAUAUGAUCAAAAGCUUUGGAGAAGUCUAAUAAAAAAAUUCUCACAGCGUUUUUCGGCACAUCAGUUUCAUUUAAUAAGUGAUGCUGUUUAGAUUUGCCACCGGGCGACCUCCAGCAACCAACCAAACCGACAACAUUUUCGGUAAAAUUCUUCAGAGAUAUCAGAUCAUUUGACCACUUUAUACGUGUACCAUCAUAGACUAAGUGUGUAUUAAUGUUUAGCAAUUUUAUUGAGGGUAUAUCAACACGAUCAAGACUAAAAUUCCUUACUGUAGGCGAGUUUAAAAUUUUGCUGCCGUCCGCCAUUAUGCAGUCAUUAAAUGCAAGUUGAACACAGCAGAUGAGAAUUAUGAAUUGGAUGUUGGUGCUUUGGAUUGUGUUGCUGAUGACGUGGGUGAUAGGGUGGGUGAGUAAUGGUACUUUGGGGAAUGGUUCUGGUGAGAUGGGUGAAGGGUGUGAGUUGCAGUGAGUUGGGUGCUGGUGUUUCUGUGAGUUUGUCUGGUGAGGAUGAUGUGCAUGGUGAUGCUGGUGUCAACAGGUGCCAAGAGUGUCUUGCUCACAUCAUGUACAACAAAAAUUGUAAGAGAAGUAUUAAAGAUUGAAAAAGAUAGUGAAAGGACUGAGAACCAAAAUCAGACAAAAACAAGCAAGCUGUAUACCAUAUUAUGUGUGUCAAGUGAACAACAAUGUUUGGGCUUUUCUCAUUCAUGUCAAGGCAAACACAUGUUUACUUUACAGACAAACUAAUAGUGUGUCCAAAGAAAGUGCCUUAGGAUGAUGACUGUGGCCAGCUUUUCAACUCAAUUAUGUAGGGGGGGGGGGGGCAUUGUUGAUGAGUAUGGAUUAAUUUCAAAAUUAAUUGUACAGAAUUUCUUAUCUCAUACCAUACUUGUAAUUUUAGGAAGCUGGUGAAACUUUGGAAAGCCAUUUUGAUGAAGCAGCUGAAGAUGAUGGAGACAGUGGAGAUGAUAUUGAUGCUGAAAAUUGUUUUUACAACAAUGAUCAAGAUCAUGUCCAGUUGAUGAAAAUUCCUCUGAAUCGUCAGACAAUGAAAUUAACGAGCCAGAAAUGCAAGGAAGAAACCAGAUCAGGUAUAGAAAAGUUAUAUUUAAAUAUGCUUUAUCUAAAAAAGUGCUUUCCCUUCAUAGGAAUGGUGGUGAGAACACUAUAG